UCAGAAGUGCGCUGGGAUACAAACAAGGGAGGGAGGUAGCUUGCUAAUGCAAGUAGGUCAAUCCAAGUGCUAGAAUUUAAGAAUCAAGGGUUUAGGAAUUCUUACGCAAAGCGCAGUAUUCAUUAUAGGUUUGGAAUGAGACGUCCAAAAUUACGCUUAUACCCUUCGCUGUCCAGGGUCCUGUCUUACCACCGCAAGUCCGUCGACCAGCGCCUCGUCUUCAUCAACCUCAUAUCAGGCAACCUUUAGAAAGAAAUCAUGGAAUUGCGUGUUGGAAAUAAAUAUCGCCUGGGGCGAAAAAUUGGAAGUGGCUCUUUUGGGGACAUCUACCUUGGUGCAAAUAUUACUUCAGGGGAGGAGGUGGCUAUCAAGCUGGAAAGUGUGAAGACUAAGCAUCCCCAGCUGCACAUUGAGAGCAAGUUCUACAAGAUGAUGCAGGGAGGAGUGGGUAUUCCGUCAAUCAAGUGGUGUGGUGCGGAAGGUGAUUAUAAUGUGAUGGUGAUGGAACUCCUUGGGCCCAGUCUUGAAGAUCUGUUCAACUUCUGCUCCAGGAAGUUCACCCUUAAGACUGUGCUGUUGCUGGCAGACCAGAUGAUCAGUCGCAUUGAGUACAUCCACUCAAAGAACUUCAUUCACAGAGACAUCAAACCUGACAAUUUCCUGAUGGGUCUCGGCAAGAAGGGCAACCUGGUCUACAUCAUAGACUUUGGCCUGGCCAAGAAGUACCGGGAUGCCCGCACACAUCAGCACAUUCCCUACCGCGAGAACAAGAACCUGACGGGCACUGCCCGCUAUGCCUCCAUUAACACUCAUCUGGGCAUUGAGCAGUCUCGGCGGGAUGACCUGGAGUCUCUUGGCUAUGUGCUCAUGUACUUUAACCUGGGCUCGUUGCCUUGGCAAGGCCUGAAGGCUGCCACAAAACGACAGAAGUAUGAGCGCAUUAGUGAAAAGAAGAUGUCAACCCCUAUUGAGGUGCUUUGCAAGGGCUAUCCAUCUGAAUUCUCCACAUACAUGAACUUCUGCCGCUCCCUGCGAUUCGAUGACAAACCUGAUUACUCCUACCUGAGACAGCUGUUCAGAAAUCUCUUCCACAGACAGGGUUUCUCCUACGACUAUGUGUUUGACUGGAACAUGCUGAAAUUUGGAUCUAGCAGGACAGCAGAAGAGAAAGAGAAGGAGCAGAGAGGAGGUGAAGCAGAAGAGCGGGAUGAGAGAACCGGAGGCGCACCUCAAGGCUCUGCUGCGCGUGCGUUGCCCUCUGGCCCUAACCUCCAAGCACCGAACAGAGUCCGCAACGGUCCGGACCCGACCAGCUCCGGCCCUGCCUCACGCGUGCCUCAAUCUGGGAAUGCGUCUCCCAGAGCAGGGCGAGGAGCUGAGCGGGAGAGGAGAGUGUGUCUGCGUCUACACCGGGGCGCUCCUGCCAACGCCUCCCCUGAUCUCCCACUGCGCCAUGAUCAGAUUCGCAUCACCCCACCACAGGUCAGUGUGCCAUUUGAGCACAUGGGGAAAUGAGCUUGAAAACUUCGGUCAUUUUUUCUUUUUUAGGAGGAUUUCAACAAACAACUCCCCUAAAGCAUUUGUAUUCAUCUUUCUAUAUAAAUCAGUGGGGCAAAGAAGCAGAAGUUGGGCAUAAGAGGAGAAAGUAUGUGGCCACUCUGUUGCACUGGACAAAGAGUUUCCCUAUAUGACUACUCUGAAGUGCUGAAAGUUACUGGGGGUUUGAAUAGUCUCAAAAGAUGAAGAGGCAUGAUUGAACUGUGGACAACAGGAGUUUGGAUCACAAGCCUCAGGCAGAUACAUGAUUACUGGAUAUGAGGACCUUUGGCCACAACUUGACUGUUAUUCCUGUGUGGUCUGACGUACUGAUACUGGGAAAGAUAUGGAAUAACUUUUUGGACUGCAAAGUUAAAUCUGAUUGUUUAUUAAGUGUGAGUCCAAAUAAAUGUAUCACUCGCACACUUUAAUGCCCACAAAAUUGUUGUAUGUUGUCAUACAUGCUAAUGUAGAUGGUAUAGUGGAAAACAUCUUUUUAUGUUUUGACAUAUUGUAUGAACAAGUUAAGAAACUAAUAGUGUGUUCAAUUGGAUUUAAUGAUUGCUUCGUUAGGUGAAGGAUGGACUAAUCAUUCAAUGAAACACUGAAGAAAUUUUCUGUAUUUGCAUAGCAUGGAAAACACUGAAAUUAACCAAGAUGUUAAGAAUACCAGGGGUCAACCAAUGUCAACCAAUUUAAAAAUCUAAAUAACCUCCCAAGCAUUGCUACUGGCCAAUGUGUCUUUAUGUCAAAUCAAUAGAAUUAUAUGGCAUAUAGAACUAGAUUUAAUCUAAAGAGUUCUGUACUGGCAUGUUUAGCCAUGGUACCCUGAUUUAGAAAUAAACGAAUAUGUCCUUAA